GCGGGGGAAGGAGCGGCUUGGUUCACGUCGUCGCGCACAAACGACGCUCCGCUCGUCAGUCAGUUGCUCCAGUCGCUCGCUGAUCGUUACAGGAGCAGGUAGACAGGUCUCUCUUCGUCCACGCGAUGUCGGAAGUAUUCAAAUUGGGUGACUUAGUUUGGGCGAAAAUGAAGGGAUUCUCGCCGUGGCCCGGCCGGGUGUCAGUUCCUUCAAAGGACUUAAAGAAGCCUGCAAACACUAAAAAGGGACCAGUACAGUGUAUUUUCUUCUUUGGAACAAACAAUUAUGCGUGGAUAGAAGAAUCCCACAUUAAACCGUACCAAGAGUAUAAAGAUACUUUAGUGAAAUCUAGCAAGUCUGGUGCAUUCAAAGAUGCAGUGGAAGCCAUAGAAGAAUUUAUUGCCAAAGGAGAAGUAUUCGAAGAUGGCUUAGAUCCGGAUUCCCUCUUUGAUAGACUUAAAGAAGAGACUGUAGCUGAGAAAAAACCUGUCGUUAAAACGCCAAAACCUCGCAAGGAAGUAACAAAAAUUCCUAAGCGGUCAAGGGAGAGUGGUUCAGAUGAUCGUCGAUCUGCUAAAAAGCAGCGUAGGGAAUCAAGCACCAGCAAUAGCAAUAGAGUCGGCAGUGUCAGUCCUACACUGAAUCAUUCUACUCCGGUUAGAAAAACGGGCUCGCUUCUAAACAGACCGGCAAAUAUUAUCAGACCUGUCACGCCGCCCCUAGAUCUCGAAACGAUGUCAGAAACUCUCAAGGAGAAGAACAUUCUCCCAUCAAAUCUGAAAUUUGGUUUUCUCGGGCUUGGCAUCAUGGGUAGCGGUAUCGUGAAAAAUUUGAUCAACAGUGGUCAUAGCGUGAUCGUGUGGAAUCGGACGCAGGAAAAGUGUGCAGAUUUUGUGAAGGCUGGAGCAGAGCAAGGUUUAACACCAUCCGAUGUUGUACUGGCAGCUGAUAUCACCUUCUCCUGCGUAGCUGACCCACAAGCUGCCAAGGAUAUGGUAUUUGGCAAUUGUGGCGUACUGACAGAGAUAUCUCCCGAAAAGGGCUAUGUCGAGAUGACCGGUAUUGACGCGGAGACAUCUCAAGAUAUCGCCGAAGCAAUAAAUGGCAAGGGUGGGCGUUAUUUAGAGGCGCAGGUGCAAGGAAGUAAAACACAGGCACAGGAAGGUACCUUGGUGAUCCUUGCAGCUGGAGAUCGGUCGCUGUUUGAUGAAUGUCAAUCCUGCUUUGAGGCUAUGGGCAAGAAUAGUUUUUAUCUUGGUGAAGUCGGAAAUGCUUCCAAAAUGAACCUUGUGCUUCAACUAAUGGCUGGUGUGACUCUGGCAGCUCUGGCUGAAACUAUGGCGCUUGCAGAUCGCGCCGGUCUUCAGCAAAAGGAUGUUCUGGAAGUCUUGGAAUUGACAUCUUUGGCAUGUCCAGCGAUUCUCGACAAGGGCAAAGCAAUCAUCGAGGGCGGUUUUCCUACCCAGUUACCGCUGCGACAUAUGCAAAAGGACCUGAGAUUGUCCCUAGGUAUGAGUGAUCAACUGGAACAACCUUUACCGCUGGCUGCCGCGGCGAACGAGGUGUACAAGCAUGCUAAGCGUCUCGGAUAUGGCGAACAUGAUGCUUCGGCCGUUUAUAUCAGGGCCAGGUUCUAACGUACCUUAGGCGUCAUGUUGUCACCGAGCUUCGCUAUACCGUAUUUAUUGCGAUACCUGACGUUAUUUCCCGCCGCUAACUGAGGAAAGAGAGAAAGAGAAAGAGAGAGAAAGAGGGUGAGAACAGUAAUUGAUACUUUAACAAGAUACUCGACUUAGCGUAGGUCGACGAUUUAAAAAUACACACGUCGUUAUAUUCUAUGCGUACGUUUGCAAAAUUUUAAAAAAC